UGAUACUUUGUGUAAGAAGCCCACCCUCGCUUAUCUUUGAAAGAAACACAAAAAGUAGCGCGGAGAGAAAAGCCGCAGGCAUCUACAGAAUUUCGGGCCAAGGAAAGGAAAACAAACACUGUUUUCUCUGGAGAGCAGAGGAGAUUUAAGGAUUGCUUUCUCCUGGCGCUUGAAAACCAAUUUCUCGCCCGCUCUCCCUUGCUUCAAGUUUAAGGAAACACGAGAACCGGAAAGCCAGACGUGCUCCCUAGAGCGGGCGGGCCGACGAAAGUCUAGAGAGACUGGCCGGUAACUUCCAACUAUUUAGCCCGCUGGUCUCCGAAAGAGAAGCAAAAAAGAACGAGGGAAGGAAGGGGAAGGGGGACAAUUUUUUGCGCUUCGCUUGAGAAUGAGUCCGCCGCCUGCCCCGCGCGUUGAUAGAGCCGCGGGACGAGCCUGGAGGAGCCCCGCGUGGAAGUCGCGUCGCUGAUGAGGGGCUGAGCCACCGAGAGAAAGGAGAAGAAGAAGAAGAAGGGGGCGAGUAGGAGGGAGCCCGCUCGACACGACUGACUGACUGACUCUCCUGCCUGCCCGUCUUUCAGGUCCUUUCCCCCGCCCCUGUUCGUUCGCUUUGCUGGGAAGUGACCCUCUCCUUGUUGCCUCGCGGACAAGGGUGUAUCUUGCCUCACGCCCCUUCCCCUCAGCUCCCAACCGACCCCCCCCCCCGGGCACAAUUUCAAAAGCUUCCGUUUACAAGCGGAGCUGCACGCAGCGCUCCUCUUCCCUCGCUCUCCGCCCCGUCCUCGAAUUGCAUCGCACUUAAUAUCCUUUCUCUCUCUCUCUCCGCCCCGUUGCAUUUUCCAUAUUCCUGGACUCCUUUUGACUCCCAAUCUUUCUUCGCAAUGGCUGAACCCCGGACUUUGAUUCGGUGGUGCCUCCGGCCCUCGUUACCCCUCACCCCGCCUUUCCCCAGGACUCCAUGUGCUUAAUCCGACAAUCUCUCUGCCAACUCUCACUGGCGCUUCCGGGGGUGGGGUGGGGUGGGGGGAAUAAUUGACCACCCCAAACACUCUCUCCUUCCAGAAGGCGCAAGUUCCCCUUUCCAAAAUAUUUUUGUCCUUUCAGCCUUGCUGCGUUAUGAGGUCUUUUCUUGGAUUACUCUCCCAAGUUUCCUGCUGGAACAAGAAGAGGCAGCUGUGGCUGCUGCUUUUCGUUUCUUGGUCGUCUUGUAAAGUUUUGGGGGUUUUUUUUAUUUGGAAUUAAAUGAAGCUUGGGAUGUUUUUCUUUCUUUUGGACCUGCCUGAGGAAACGGGGAACGUACCGGAUGAGUGGAGAUCUUGGUAAAACCUUUCCUUUUUGUGAGAAUGCCAAAUUAUUUGAAUUAUUAAAAAGUCGAAAGAGAGAAGUAUUCAGAGCAGUUGAUACCGGAACUCGGGUUUUGAGUGGAUUUAUGAAGAUUCAUGACAAGCUGAAAUAAAUAGUUCUAGAACGAUUUCUCCUUCCCUUUCCCUGCGGAUUUCUACAAGUGGAGAAAUAGCGUUAUAGGAUGACAUCACGUGUGGACCCCAGGAUUAAACAAGCAUUACGGAAAAAACCAUCAGAAAGAACUCAAGAGGAAUUAAAUAUUAUAUAUUACUAUCUUCAUGGAAUGGACAUACUGUCAAAUCUCAGAGAACAUCAGUUAAGAAUUAUGACUUCAAAUGCACGUUACAAAAGGUACGAAGGAAAUCAGGUUCUGUUCUGUUCGGACACUAUUGCAAGAUGCUGGUAUAUUCUUCUUUCUGGAUCUGUGCUUAUGAAGGACUCUAUGUUUUUGCCACCUUGCAGUUUUGGCAAGCAAUCUGGAGGAAAACGAGGUUGCGAGUGUAUUGUACUGGAGCCUUCUGAAAUGAUUGUGGUGGAGAAUGCGAAAGAAAAUGAGGACAAUAUCUUGCAACGGGAAGGGCCCCGCCGACAAUCUCGGCGGAGAUUUAGGAAAAUUAACCUGAAGGGAGAACGGCAGACCAUCACAGACAAUGUGGAUGUUAGCAGCUACCUGUCACUUCCAGCAGACCUUACCAAAAUGCACCUAGCAGAUGGUCAACAUGCGCAAGUCACACAUGUCCCUUCAAGCCAGUCUGGCUGCAGCAUUGCCAGUGAUUCUGGGAGCAGCAGUUUAUCUGACAUCUACCAGGCUACUGAAAGUGAAAUGGGAGAUGUAGACUUAACUGGGCUCCCAGAGGCACCAGUGGAUUCUGAAGAAGAAGAAGAAGAAGAUGAAGACAUUGACAGAACUUCAGAUCCACUGCUAGGUCGAGAUGUUGUACGGGAGUGCCUUGAAAAAGAGCCAGCUGACAAAACAGAUGAUGAUAUUGAACAACUACUGGAAUUUAUGCAUCAGCUUCCAGCAUUUGCUAACAUGACUAUGUCUGUAAGAAGAGAACUCUGCUCAGUGAUGAUAUUUGAAGUAGUAGAGCAAGCAGGAACCAUCAUCCUUGAAGAUGGGCAAGAACUUGAUUCUUGGUAUGUAAUUUUAAAUGGAACAGUGGAGAUCAGCCAUCCUGAUGGAAAAACAGAAAGUCUCUGUAUGGGAAAUAGUUUUGGAAUUACCCCCUCACUGGAAAAGCAAUACAUGAAUGGCGUGGUUAGGACCAAAGUAGAUGACUGCCAGUUUGUCUGUAUAGCUCAGCAGGACUACUGGAGAAUUCUAAACCAUGUUGAAAAAAAUACGCACAAAGUUGAAGAAGAAGGAGAAAUUGUUAUGGUGAAGGAGCACAGGGAGCUGGACCGUAGUGGAACCAGAAAAGGACACAUAGUCAUUAAGGCAACACCUGAACGGCUCAUCAUGCAUUUAAUAGAAGAACACUCUAUUGUGGAUCCAACAUACAUCGAAGAUUUUCUCUUAACAUACAGGACAUUUCUAUCAAGCUCUCUAGAAGUUGGAGGCAAACUCUUAGAGUGGUUUCAAGUAGACAAUCUCAGGGACAAGGUUACUCGAGUUGUACUAUUAUGGGUAAACAACCAUUUUAAUGACUUUGAAGGAGAUCCGGCAAUGACACGUUUUUUGGAAGAAUUUGAAAAAAACUUGGAAAAUGCAAAAAUGAAGGGGCACCUUCGGUUACUAAACAUCGCCUGCGCUGCCAAGGCAAAAUGGAGACAGAUUACAUUGCAGAAACCUUCCAGAGACUCUCCACUUUUCUUCAGCCUGCUUGAAGGAAGCGAUAAAGGUUUUGGCAUUUUUGUAGAGACAGUGGAAUCAGGAAGCAAAGCAGCAGAAGCUGGGCUUAAACGCGGUGACCAGGUAAUGGAAGUCAAUGGGCAAAACUUUGAGAACAUUACUUUUGCAAAAGCUAUGGAAAUACUGAAGAACAAUACUCAUCUUUCUAUUACUGUAAAAACAAACAUUUUUGUGUUCAAAGAACUGCUUAGCAGGAUUGGCCAGGAGAAGAAUGGAGUCCCACAUAUUCCCAAAAUUGCAGAAAAGAAAAAUAAUCGCUAUUCUAUCCCAGAUAUUCCUGGGGAUGUAGAACAGAUGUUUCCACGUGAGAAAGGAAGCAAGAAAAUGAAAGCAAAUACUGUGUCCGGUGGGAGAAACAGAAUCAAGAAAAUUUUAGAUAAGACACGAUUCAGUAUCUUACCUCCAAAAUUAUUCAGUGAUGGAAAUGUAAGCCAGUCACAGGACGACAGUAUUGUAGGCACCAGACAGUGCAGACACAGUGUGGCAAUUAUGCCUAUUCCCGGCACACUGUCAUCCAGCAGUCCAGACCUCUUGCAGCCUACAACCAGCAUGUUGGAUUUCUCUAAUCCAUCAGAUAUUCCGGAUCAGGUUAUAAGAGUUUUCAAAGCAGAUCAACAGAGCUGCUACAUUAUCAUCAGCAAAGACACUACAGCAAAAGAAGUUGUAAAACAUGCAGUGCAGGAAUUCAAUCUGUCAGGAGCGCCGGACACCUAUUCUCUGUGUGAAGUUUCUGUGAGUCCUGAAGGAGUCAUCAAGCAGAGAAGGCUUCCUGAUCAGUUCUCAAAGUUAGCAGACAGAAUUCAACUCAAUGGGAGAUAUUAUCUGAAAAAUAAUAUGGAGACAGAGACUCUGUGCUCAGAUGAAGAUGCUCAAGAACUGCUUCGAGAAAGCCAGAUAUCCCUUCUACAACUGAGUACCAUUGAGGUGGCUACUCAGUUAUCAAUGAGAGAUUUUGAAUUAUUUCGGAACAUUGAGCCUACUGAAUACAUUGAUGAUCUAUUUAAACUUGAAUCUAAAACAGGAAAUGCUAACCUGAAACAGUUUGAGGAUGUGAUUAAUCAAGAGACAUUUUGGGUUGCCACAGAAAUUUUAUCAGAGUCAAACCAACUCAAAAGGAUGAAGAUUGUAAAACAUUUCAUUAAAAUUGCUCUCCAUUGUCGAGAGUGCAAGAACUUCAACUCUAUGUUUGCUGUUAUAAGUGGUCUUAAUCUGGCACCAGUUGCUCGACUCAGAGGAACAUGGGAAAAGUUACCAAGCAAAUAUGAAAAGCACCUUAGAGACCUUCAAGAUCUUUUUGAUCCCUCAAGAAACAUGGCAAAGUAUCGCAACAUCCUUAGCAGUCAGAGCAUGCAGCCUCCAAUUAUUCCACUCUUCCCUGUUGUCAAGAAAGAUAUUACAUUUCUGCAUGAAGGAAAUGAUUCAAAGGUGGAUGGCUUGGUAAAUUUUGAGAAACUCCGAAUGAUUGCCAAAGAGAUUCGUCAAGUCAUCAGAAUGACCUCUGCUAACAUGGAUCCAGCUGUAAUGUUCAGGCAAAGGAAGAAGAGGUGGAGGAGUUUGGGAUCAUUGAGCCAGGGCAGCACAAACUCAAACAUGUUGGAUGUACAAGGAGGCGCUCACAAAAAACGUGCCCGGCGCAGCUCUCUUCUAAAUGCCAAGAAGCUGUAUGAGGAUGCUCAGAUGGCCAGGAAGGUUAAACAAUACCUGUCUAAUUUGAAAGUGGAAACAGAUGAAGAAAAGUUCCAAGGAAUGUCACUUCAGUGUGAACCUGCAUAUAGCACUUUGACAAAAAAUAUAAAUGAAAGACGAGGAGCAAAAGUUUCAGAAAUGUCUCCAAUACCAUUGAGAUCUGUUGGUCAAACUGCAAAAACUCACCUUCAUCAACAAAAUAGAAUGAGUCAAGUUCUUCAAGUUCCAGCUGUUAAUUUGUACCCUAUAAGAAAAAAAGGACCUGCAAAGGAUCAUGUUACUUUCAGUGCAGGAUCUCCUCAGAAGUCGAUGAGUUUAUGUGAAGAAGUAAACAAUAAAAAACAAGCAGAAGAUAAUGUAUCUAUGGCGUCGUCUUUGCAUUCCAGUCUCCCUGCUUCUCCUCAGGGCUCUCCACGCAAAGCAAGUAACCCCCAGAGAUCAGAUAACUGCAACCAGAUUAAUCUCUCUGGCUCUUCUUCGUCACUUGCUAGUGAAACCAGCAACAAGAACAGUGGACAACGCAGCUAUGGAAUAGGCUAUGCCCUCAUACCGUCUGCCAAAUCUGAGAAUUUCUCAGAUUCUAGUCACAGUGAGAUCUCUUCACGGUCCAGCAUUGUAAGCAACUGUUCAGCUGACUCGAUGUCUGCAGCCCUUCAGGAUGAGAGAUGCUUGCCUCAGGCCAUUGUGGUAGAUUUAGGAGGAACAGCAGAAAGGAAAGAGCAUCGUCAACCCUCCUUGGAAUAUAGCCAGCCUUGCACUGGCUGGCCACUGUCCAGACCUCCAGUGAUCCGAGGACUGCCUGUCUCAUCUUCCAUGAGUACUGAGGAGAUCUCCCAUGAGCACAUUAUGAUAGAAGCAGCAGACAGUGGUCGUGGAAGCUGGACUUCUUGCUCCAGUAGUUCUCAUGAUAAUUUCCAAACCAUCCAGAACCAGAAGGGAUGGGAUCUCUUAAACUCUUACCGUCACACUCAUUUAGAAAGAGCCAUUGCUGAAGUAGAGCCUUCAAGCUGCUGUCCUGAAGAGGCCCAUUUGCAGUCCAGUGCCCAUUCAAAUAGUAGCAGGCAGUCAAAAGCUGGCAUGGACUUUGACCAAUCCCGGCAGAGCUGGGCUUCCUCGAGUUCUCUCUCCGACACCUAUGAAGCAAACUAUGGGACAAUAAAACGAAGGGGACUCGACAGCCCAACAGCAGACCAGACUGAAGUUUUGGACUCCAAAUCAGGCAGUGAUGCGGCUUACAAAACUAUCACUUCAAGUACAGAGAGAGGCCUCAUAGUGUACUGUGUCACCUCAUCUAAGGAGGACAAUAGGUAUAGGGAGCCACCGCCCACCCCGCCAGGAUAUAUGGGCAUUUCUUUAGCGGACUUAAAAGAAGGAUCACCUCACCACCCACACUUAAAACCUCCUGACUAUAGCGUGGCGGUACAGAGGUCAAAGAUGCUGCAUAGCAAGCUCUCUAGGCUCUCAUCUGCUCCUCUGAGUAGUGAACCAGUGGCCUGUUUUCCAAAGAAGAUGCCUCAGUGGCAUAGCCGGCAGCCGUCCCAUCCUAAGCUAGCUGAUAUGACUGACGCAAAUAGUGAAGAGGACGAAGAUGAACAAGUAUCGGCAGUCUAGCCUUUGUGCUUCCUGCAACAAUUUCUUCAAGUCACAGUAAAAGGAAGGAUCCAUACAAUCCUGUUAGCUGUAGCUGACAGCUUGCUGCUAUUGACUUCAAUGUUGCAUUUGCCUCUAUAAUAAACAAAUGAUGGGCUCUUUUUAGUCUACAGUGGUCCUCUCUAUGGUAUCAGAACCUAUUUAUGCGGGGGAAAAGAGACAGAUAUUUCCAAGGAAUACUGACCCUGUAAUGGCAGAAAGCAGAAUCGCAGACAGACCUUUUAAUGGUUGGGGCCACCUGCCACUUGGAAGCUUUCUUCGAUAGAAAAUCCUAGAAUCUUUUGGUAGACCACUCAGAUAUUUUCUAUACCAUUACUGCUCUCAGUCGAUGAAUGUUAUUUUAUGUGCGUAUGGAAGAAACUGCAAAGCUACAGCAAAACCAAGGGAACUUCUGCAACAAUCUGAAGAGUAAUUUAUUAAUUUGGAGUUUAUAUAAAGUUUUUGUUUGUUUGUACAUGUAUUUGGAAUGCUCUGGUUGGCUAAUGUGAAUGCUUUUAUAAAGAAAAUAAGGUAACAAAUUAUCUUGGUGUUAACAGUAUGUCUUAUGCUAGCAAAACACUUUUGACUUCUGAGGAGGAACUGGAUGUUCAUGAGUGCAGCUAGAGGUUUACACACAAUGCAACUUAAACCUCUUUUGUGAAAUGCCAACCCCUUGAGGUGCAUAUUUAAAGUGUGUAUUGAUGUACAUACAGUAGUGAAAUGCUGCCACCUAUUGGUCCUGUAUUUUAAAACUGGCAAAGUACACGUGACCAUCCUUUUAACUAUCCAAUUGCCU